UGACUGUACUGAGCUCUCUCCCCUACAAGUUCCUCCUACCAACUGCACUGUCCCUCUCGACCAUAUCUGCACCCAGAUCUCUUGCCUCUCUCGCACCCUGAGUCUGUCUAGCAGUUUUCCAGCAUCGUCCAGCCGUCACACUCACUCUCAGGACGACACUGGGCAGAAGCAACAACAUGGCUUUACGAAUGAAGUCUUCCAUGUUCGUGGGACUUUUCCUGCUUUCUCUGGCCUGGAAAGCAGCCUGGGCCAAGGUGCAGGUGAACAUGGAGGACAGAGUGGAGGUGUUUCUGGGGGACACGGCUCAGAUCACAUGCAUGUUCACGGUCUCAGACAGCCCCGACAACGUCAUUAUCCAGUGGUACAUGAUUACAAAGACCAAUGUCCGCUUGAGGAUCUACUAUGGAAACAGCACCAUGCAGGUAGUCGACCGGGGCGGGCAGUUCACAGACAAGAUCAGUGUGAACGGGAAGGGGAAUAGCAGCGAGGUGGUGCUGACCAUCAGGGACGUGAAGGUGGAGGAUGAGCUAGAGUUCAUCUGCCACGUCAACGGGAUGACAGCCGGUAGCGAUGAGGGACGCACUAUGCUCAAGGUGUUCGCGUCACCUGAUCGUCCAAUCAUCACGGGGGAGGAAUCUGGGAUCUCUGUCAGCAAUGAGAACCCAUCUAAGAUAGGGAGCUGUGAGGCUAAGAACGGCUACCCCAGGCCCAACAUCACUUGGUACCGUGACCAGAGCUCACUGCAGAACACGCCAGGCGAGGUCAUUGUGGUGACCCUGGUCACUAAGGAGUCCAGUGGUCUGUAUACUGUCCAGAGUGACCUUCACCUAAAUGUGGUCAAGAAAGACAAGGAUUCGUUCUUCUACUGCGAAGUCAGCUACCUUGUCCCUGGUGGAACCAAGAUGACUGAAACCAACAAGAUCAACAUUACUGUCUACUAUCCAACCACUUCUCUUGAUGUGUGGGUGGAGUCACCGAAGGGUAGUGUCAAAGAAGGAGACACAGUUGAGGUUCAUUGCCGUGCCGACGGGAAUCCUCAACCACCCUUUACAUUCAUGCACAAUAUGGAGGAGCUGAAAUCUGAGCUGAACGUAUUGGUCCUGAAAGACGUGACGCGGCAAAGCAACGGCAACAUCACGUGUACAGCGCUGGACCUGGACACGUAUGAAGAAACCCUAGGGCAAACAGAGCUCUUCGUCGACUAUCUGGACCCGGUUGUGUUGAUUCCCAAAGACACCCAUGUCAUAGCCCAGGGAGAGGAGCUGAUGGCCACAUGCAACGCUCAGUCCUCCCUGCCCACACACACUGUAUGGUUCAAGAAAGGAAAGAAAGUUGCGGAGGGCCACACACUGACCCUGAAGGACGCUGUGUUUGACAUGGCGGGGACGUACGUGUGUGUGGUGAAGGUGCCUUCACUGGAAGGACUGGAGACCACUGGCUCUUUACGUGUCUUCGUACAGGGGCGCCCAGAGAUCAAGAAGUCAGCAGACCCAGUCCAGGAGGUGAGCCCAGAGAAGCCCCAGAAGCUGAGCUGCCAUGCUAGAGGAUACCCAACCCCUGUUAUCACCUGGAGCUCCUCUGACGAAUCACAGAUCCUGAAGGUGUCCCAAAGAGAGACAGAGGACGAGGUUCUCAGUGUGGUGAGCGUCAAGGUGACCUCUGACAUCACAGCCUACUGCAACGCCUCCAACGACCAUGGCACAGUCUCCAUCUCCUUCAACCUCAAAGCCAUUGUCCAAACGACCUCGUCAGCUCCCAGUACUUCAGUAACAACUCCAUUAGUUCCAGUAACAGUGGUAGCUCCAGUGACAGUAACAACAGUAACCCCAGUAACUCCUCCGAAGAGAGUCAAGAAAGAGGGCAGCGGUGUGAUCAUAGCUGUCAUCAUCAUCUGUAUUCUCCUGCUGGCUAUCCUUGGCAGUGUGCUGUACUUCCUGUACAAGAAGGGCAAGCUCCCAUGUGGGCGUUCAGGCAAGCAGGAUCUUACCAAACCGAAUAAGGGCGGCAUAGUGGUGGAGAUGAAGAGUGACAACACAGAGGAGGCCGUGCUUUUAAGUGUCAACGGAGACAAGAAACCUCCUAGUGACCAGUAAAGGGUGAUAAGUAUAUGUACGUGCAGAAGUGAGCAUAGGUGUGUGAGGGGGCGACUGCUGCAGCUGCUCCCAGUCCAGUUCACUCUCUCAGGGUGGGAUGGAUCCUUUGAUGCCUCAUAGCCUACAACUUCCAGGAGAACUCAUCUGAUAUGUGCUGCAGUUCUCUAACCUGAUCCCAGAUUCGUAGUUCUUUAGCAUGGCAGUGGCUAACAAAGGACAUGGCUAUGUUCUCUUAAGUCAUGCUAUUUCAUACUUUAUCAUGUUUUUCCUAUGCAUAACGAAGAACAUGACAGAGAUGCUGGCCUAAGCACAUACAGAUCUGGGAUCAGCCUAGCAAUUUUAAUGAAUGUGGUUAUUCUUUGCACCCAUAAAAUCCAGUUAGAGCAUAAAAUAAGAUGGUCUGUUUGUUAUAUAUUUUCCUUAAUCCAAAUGCCAACUCGGGCAACCAAUCACUGAAGAACAGCCUGGAACUGCUCUUCAUGAAGAGUAUUAUAUUAUGUAUAUAUCCUUUAUUUAAAAUACCCCGAGACAAACCUUUUAAAAAGACAUGGCUAGGAGUUGUUUUGGGAUUGUUGCUUUUUGAUGAAGGGACAUCUGUGUAGGCUUUGCACUAGCUCUUGUCCAGGCGUUAGUGCGCGUUCCUCGGCAGCAUAGUGGAAGAACUUGAACUAACGCCCUGGACCAGAGCUAGCUUUACUCUAGAGGUCCACCUGCUGUUGUUCUGCGUGUGAUUGGCUGCAUUCACUUCCUACUUUGUAUGAAGUACACUGAAACCAUGGGGCCAUGGGUGCAUAAUGACGGUCUUACCAACCAUGUCUACAUGUAUACAGCCUGCUUCAUCUACCCAUGUAAACCAACAUCCAACCUUUAGAGCUAUGUUCUCAAAAUGGACUCCAGUAUGGGUCAUGAUUCCGUUUUAGUUUAGUUUUUUUGUAUUUUUUUGUUGUUGUAGCUUUUACUUACCACUGAAACUAAUCUUAGACGUGUUUUCCCUUUGUUUUUGGCUUUGUGAAUGAACAUGUAAGGCCUUAUCUUAUGAGAGAUGGGCCCUGUUUGAAUAUGUUGGAAUACAUCCUUUCUUCUUUCCUUCAUUGGAGUAAUCAAUGAGCUGACAUGAUUUGGAUAGGUGAAGGCCUAUCCAAUCAGGUCAAAUCAGUGAUUUAUUUGUGGAAGGAAGGAUAUGUGGUGAAAUAUCCAUGGAUAAGGGGUCCCCAUUCCUAUCUGUUCAGGAUUGGGUUAUUUUGUACUACAAUAGCCAAUAGCAGAGCUCCGAUGAAGCCAAAGUGUCAUUGGUUACUUUUUCUUCUUCCAUAGUUGUUGUACUCUUUUUUUCUUCUUCCAUAGUUGUUGUACUCUUUUUUUCUUCUUCCAUAGUUGUUGUACUCUUUUUUUCUUCUUCCAUAGUUGUUGUACUCUUUGGAAAUAAGAGGUUAGAAUCACGCUAUGUUUUCAGUUUCUGUUCGUAAACUUGUCUGCCUUAUACAUUCAGCCUCUUAUUCUACAAAUCACAGCUAGCAGUAUAGCUUACUUUCUUACACACUUGUUUUAUCGUUAUUUGUGAGAAUGUCAAGUGCACUGAUUUUGUUUUGUUUAUGAUUUUUUUGUCAUGUUUUGUCUGUGAAUCUCUGGUUUAAGUUGGGUGAAGGAGUGUUUGCGUGUGUAAUGCGAGUGAAAUGUCAGCUAGUUUUUUUAUGAAAGUGAAGGUAAAAUGGCUCUUUGACCUAGGGGAGAGGGGUAAGUUGAGCCACCCUUGUUUCUAGGAAACCAUUCACAAAAUGAAUAAUUUGACCAAAUAUUUAGGAAGAGGUCAUCAUUUCAGGAAGUCUGUGAAGGAAGAAACCACAUGUCAAAAGUUAGGUCCAAAAAACAGAUUUUCACCAAGUCAAAUGAAUUUGUUAGAGGUUUCAUGUAUCUAAACCAAAGUAUAUAAUUUUAAGAUUGUUCUAUACAUUGGUUGAGGUCUCUAAGCUUCAAUAUGAAUUCCUAAACAUACCAUGAAAGUGCAUCCUUGUAGCUGUGUGGGCUAAUAAGUCAAAAUGUUGGCCAUUGGGUAAGUUGAGGAAAUGCCAAGUUGAGCAAAGUUGUGUUUUCUUCCCAGGCUUAAUGCAAGGCAUUAUCACUGAGAUAUGAGGUAACAGGAUAAAGAUAGAUAUUGUUUUUAAAAAGGUAGUGGUCAUAUUUAAUUCAGUAAAGAAAUAUGUAGGUAGCUCAACUUGUAAGUUGUGCCAAGACACCACUUUUUUUGGACAAGCUAUGUUUUCAAAACUGUAACAUUUAUAUGAAUUCUGAUUAUUUCCAGGGAUACACAACAUCCGGACAUAUGUAGAUAUCUUUGUAAGAAAGAAUACUAUAUUUCCCUUGAUGGCUUGAUGCUGAAAGUAAAAAAAUCUCACAUUUACACUAUAUGAAAGUCAUCUGAACAGGGACUAAAAUGUUCAACUCUGAACUCCUCUGAAAUGUUAUGCGUAUAUGUGUAUACAUGUACAUACACAUACCUAGUGGUUUUCAUUCUACAAACAAAAUGGCAAGAAUCCAUUUUAUCUGUUGGUCAGACUGCUACCAUUUCUACAGGAGAGAAUGACUUGAUAACAAUACACUCCUUAGUUUGAGCUUUCUUAAAUCACAAGUAAGAUCCGAAGAGCUCGCUCAUGGCCAUGUUAAAACACAUACCCCAGAAUUUCCUCUCGUGACACUACAGGUUAAAAGCUGGUUUGCUUAAGUGAGCGCCAGACUUCAGUCUGCAUCAAUCAUUAGGGCCACCAGUUUUUUUUGUUUUUACUCAUGGUCCUCCCAAUCAUACGUUACAGUUCAGUCAGAGGAGAAAAGUAUAACAAUCAUCGAUCUUUGAUAGUAUGAGGUAAAAUGUAUGUUUGGUUCUUUUUACUUACACCCUUCAUUAUCUCCCCCUAAAGAAUUGUUUGUUAAUAUUUUGGACAAGAACUAUCAGUGUUAAUUUUGAUUAUUUAAAAAAAAAGAUAUAUUUGUAAUAUCUGAGUUGCAAAGACAGAUUAACUUCAGGACAGGUGAAUGGAUUCCUUUUGUUUGCAAUUUAUUUUUAUUAAGUAAAUGCCAAAUAAAAAUGACUGUUAAAUGAAAAA